AUGGCCGUUGAAUCUCGUGCCAACCGCCGAAUCGGGGCUUCAAAGUCGCGGAAUGGAUGCAAAACCUGCAAUACUGGGCGCAAAUGCGAGUAUGAGGGGCCGUCCUCUCCCCUAGCCCCAUCGACGCCAUCAUCUCUUUCCCCCGCUCAGGCUCUGCCGCUAUCACCAAAUUCAGGCUGGCGGGAGAGACGGGCAUUUGAGUAUUACUUCCAACAUGCCGCAAAAUGUCUUGCUGGUGGAAUGGCUAUCGAUUUCUGGACGAGUGUUGUGCCUCAGAUCUGUCGCACGGAACCUUCGGUAUGGGAUGCUGUAAUUGCGAUUAGCAGCCUCUUUGAACAUCCUGACCAGUGCAUGGACUUCACUCUUUUGAGAAGUCGUGGUGGAAAUUCCCAAUACCUCAACAAGUCCCAGCAAGAGGCUCUAGUAUGGUACUCGCGCUCGAUCUCCAGCGUUCACUCACAAAUCAAACGCCGUGGUGCCGACCCAUACAUUGCUUUGAUAAGCUGUGUGAUGUUUAUUUGCAUAGAAACCAUCCAAGGCCGUAUGGAAGAGGCAUUGCAACUGUACAGGCAAGGAACAAGUCUGAUCAUGGACCUGAGGGCCCAAGUGAGACUGGGAAUAGUGUGUGCCAGCAAGACGAUGCUCUUGGAGCGCAUGAUCAUUCCGCUAUUCUUGCGACUGGGAACAGUAUCCCUUACUAUAUCAGGAACACAACCAAGUGAGCUUUUCACCGCCACGGAAACCCGUUUGAACGUCCCUUUUGAAUCCAUUGCUGCGGCACGAUCCGCCAUUGCCGCUCUCGGCAAAGAAAUUAUUCUCUUUGACCGCGAAGCGAGAUGUCAUCUGAGGGCUGUUGGUGGGGAAUCUUUCGUGGCCCCAGAGAUGCUUGAAAAGAAAAAUAUCCUCAAAAGCCACCUAGAUGACUGGUAUCAAGCUUAUAGUGACCUCUGCAAUCCUUCGCAAGACGCAUCUCUGUCUCAAAUGUCAACAGAACCUGUGCUGCUCACUCAUCAUGCAGCAGCAAAAGUCCACCUCGCUGGGUGUCUAACGGUCAAGGAAACGGUGUACGAUGCCCAUCUUGCAGAUUUUGCCAUUAUUGUUGAACAGGCCAAUUUGGUACUCGGGAUAUCAGCCGGUCCAGAUGGUUCCCAACCGCCUUUCACCUUUGAAAUGGGAGUCGGAAUCCCACUUUUCAAAACGGCAAUGGUUUGCCGUGACCAAAAUUUGCGUCACAGGGCCCUGGAACUCCUGAGACAAGCACCUCCAAUGCAAGGAUUCUUCAAAUGCACACCAGUGGCUAUGCUUGCAGAAAGUAUCAUGAAAAUAGAGGAGAGCAAUGCCCAGCAGCUGCUUGGGUUGUAUGGAAAUGAUUGCUCGUCCACUAACACCCCAUCUUCAAAAGACCCUCAAAACACCGAAUCCCAUUCCACCCUUAUUCCAGAGGAAGCCCGUAUCUCGUUCUGCGGCGUGUUCAGGCCUGCAGAUGGACUACCGCCAAAUGUUUCGGAGGAGAAUGUCUCUCAGUGGGGGCUUGGGCCGGAUCAACUGUUCUUGGAGUUCUCAAGGAAUUAUUUCGACACGCCGAGCAACUCCUGGCAGCAAGUUCGUAACAUUGUUCCAUUGAAUUCUUGA